CGGCCGUGUGAGCGUCGUGGUCAUGUGUCCACACAGUCUCAGCGGCGCACUUGUCUUCACCAUGCUGCUGACCUGUGUGCUUUCCCGAGGUUUCUGCCAGGUGUUUGCGGAAAUAAACCGCAGGCCUUACCCGACUUAUGGGCCUAUUUUACGGGCUUUUACAACUUCAAGUCCCAAAUGUGGAGACGCAUCCGAGAGCGCUUCGGUGGUGACCUACUCGCAGCUGAAGACCAUGCUGUCCAACAGAGACAUUCAGCUGUUUGAUGUGAGAAAUCCUGAUGAAUACCAGGCCGGACGCAUUCCACAUGCUGUCAACAUCCCAUUGGGCAACCUGGAGGAGUCUUUGAAGUUGUCUCCGGAGCACUUUGAGCAGAAAUUUGACGUGAAGGCUCCUGGAAAAGAUGACGACAACAUCGUGUUUCACUGCAGAAGUGGAAAAAGGAGCUCCACGGCUCUGGAAAUUGCCCGUCAGCUGGGAUUUAACAGGGCAAGACAUUAUAAAGGAGGGUACAGUGAGUGGGCAGAGCAAGAAGGAAAAUGAGUUUGGACUGAACUGUAGUGCUUAAGUUCCAUAUUUUAUCCAAAAUACAGCUAAUACAAAACAGAAUAUAAAUGAGAUGUCAGUUAAUCUUGAGCUACAUUCUGUUGAUUGUUAUAAGUUACAAAAUUGCAUCAAUAUUGACUGUUUCCUAAGUUUCACAUUUCAUUCAUUUUAACUGUUAUUUAGUAGGUAAAUACCACUUUAAACAUUCAACUUCACAAUUUUACAUUUUUAGCUGCAGGUUUGACUCAUUCUUCAAGGUUUCAAGGUUUCGCAUAUGCUCUGCAUCCUUCUUAUUCUGUGAUUCACGACAAACUGAUUAAUGUGAAAGUGAUUGAUGUUGAUUAAAUUAUGUGCAAAUUUCAA